AUGGGCAUUUGGGUUACUGACGCGAUGCUUCUCCAGGCAGUUGAGCGGUACCAGCGAGGUGUGGUGGCAUCAUGUCGACGGAUUAGUUCCCACGCAGGGCCUCUUGAGAGCCGUCGUCGAGCUACGAGGCGACACAUGACCGGCCUCAUGCCAACUUCUCACCCCUACCCCCCUAUCUGGCAAUUCGAUGUUGGCCCCAACUCGUUGCAGUGGGAGGCCCCGACUACACAACAACACAGAAGACAAAAACGUGAGCAGAUUAGCGUGUCGAAUAUGUUCAACAGCUUAAUUGGUUGGCUCGAAAACGUGGGCUCUGCCGACAGGCCAUUCAUUUCACCCCCCAGCCAGCGAUUCGAGGCGGGAGCCGUCUCUGCUGAGGCUCUGGCAAUCAACCCAGUAGUCGAGGCUGUCGAAGUUUCCGACCCAAUUCUACAAGAACCCGCGUCAUCGCAGUAUCUCCCCGAGGAAGUUAUCAAGUUACGGUCCAGCAUCUCCAGUUUUGACAUUGUCGACAACAAGACUUUAUUCAAACUAACAAAAACCUGUCGACAGUCUCUGCGCCGCCGAGUUGAGCAUGGAGACUUGUCUGUCGAGGCUCUGUUGGCUGCCUUGGAACCGCUAGAUUCGGCCUCAAAAAGUCGUAUCCUAACCGCAGAAACGGCGGGUAAAAUGCGCGCCAUGAUUCGGCGCUCGAUCCUCUACGCCAUGGUGGACACAGAAAAGCAAACUCCCCGGUCUAUUUCCCCUGACCUCUGGUUGGCAUUCGUAGGCAGGGUCUGUGCUAGCAAUGGCGACAACCAUGACAUCCAGCUCUUUUGGGGGCUGAUGGCCGCUUUGCCUAGCUCACUUGGAGAACAAGUACCGCCCGAGCAAAUACGCAAUCUAGCGAGCGCCUUUGUCACGGCCCAAGCCAACCGACAUAACCUCUUUGGUCACUGGUCAGCUCGGGCGGCUAGGUUUGGUCAAGCCUUGGAAUCACUAAACGCCAGGCAGCGCCAGGAGCUUGAUGACGGCAUGAUCACAUUUCUCCUCCAACAGGAUUGGAUUUCCGAAAGAGCCCGACGGAUGCGGUUUUCCUGGCUGGUGAUCAAAUCUUACGACAGUCAAACGACCACCGAUGAAUUUAUUCGGACCAUUCAUGCUUGCUGCGGCAAAGAGCUCCAGUUACACAUCGUGCAGCUGUGGCAGGUCCUGGCCGCUCGACUUGGUGCUACCGGAGCGUUGGAUAACGAGGCGCACAAGCAGGUCUUGCAAGACGGCUACAAUACCUCUAUGAGCCAGCGGUGGAACUCGUUAGUGGCUGCUGUCAUGACAUCAAGCCGCAGAAAUUCGGCAUUGCAGGAACUAUGUACUAUUUCGACCAAGACGGGUCAGUUUGAUGCUGUGGUGCGUGCCCUGACGUGCAAGCCCGUGCAACUUUUGCGACGAGAUGUCAUGGAGGCACUUGCGUCUGCAUGUGGCAACCACGAGCAAGCGCUUCGGCUUUACGACUCAAUCGAUCUAAGGCGUCAACCAGUUCGUAGACGACCGUUGUGGGGUUGGUCUGUAUGGACCAAGUACGUCGAGCAAAUGAUCAAGGACCCGAAUGUACACCCCAUACGUGUCUGGCAGGUUCUCAACCUCACCUCCAGAAGAAAUGGAACAACCGUGGAAAUGAAAGCCAAGUCGCAACUUUUGGACCAAAUGGGCCAGUGGUUCGUCGAAGCACAGCACCUCACUGACCGCCAAGUGCUGCGCAAUGUCGAGAAAUGCGUCUCUUUGCAGCGCGCCUUAACAGACGGCGUCACGUCACAGAUGCUUGCCAACUUGACGGAUAUUAUAACUCGAGAUCUCGACAAGGGCCAACGGGGGCGCACUUCCCGUAUGCAGUGGCUUCUGAGCAUGGUAGCUCAGAACCAGGGUCGGGAACAAGCGGACAGGACUGCUUCAGCAUUGAAUGGAUGGAGGGCGCAAAUCGAACCGAGAGGCAGUGAGCAAUUGUAA